AUGGGGAACAUGGAUGGGAAAGCAGUGGAGGAGCUGAGCGCCACCGAAUGCCACCAGUGGUACAAGAAGUUCAUGACGGAGUGUCCCUCGGGCCAGCUCACCCUCUACGAGUUCAAACAGUUUUUUGGCUUGAAAAACCUGAGUCCAGCAGCGAACAAAUACGUUGAGCAAAUGUUUGAGACGUUCGACUUCAAUAAGGACGGCUACAUGGAUUUCAUGGAGUACGUGGCCGCCCUGAGCCUGGUGCUGAAAGGGAAGGUGGACCAGAAGCUGCGGUGGUACUUCAAGCUCUACGACGUGGACGGCAACGGCUGCAUUGACAGGGGAGAGCUGCUAAACAUCAUCAAGGCUAUCCGUGCUAUCAACCGCUGCAACGAGACAAUGACAGCCGAGGAGUUCACCGACAUGGUGUUUGAUAAGAUUGAUAUCAACGGCGAUGGCGAGCUCUCGCUGGAGGAGUUCAUGGAGGGCGUGCAGAAGGACGAGGUGCUGCUCGACAUCCUCACCCGCAGCCUGGACCUCACCCACAUCGUCCGGCUGAUCCAGAACGAUGGGAAGAACCCGCAGAGCUCUGAGGCGGAGGCGGCGGCCGCCGAGUAG